AGAGAGAGAGAGAGAGAGAGGUUUUUUUGACACCGGCGGAGAGGAUGACAGCGAGUCUGAUGACAACAAUAGCAAUGCAAAGGUGGAGACCAACCUCCACUUUUGCCUUCCUCCACUCUUUUCUGCGAACAACUCUGCGCCUUUCAUGGCCUUACGUUGCCAACUUCGACCGCCGUCCCUCCCCCUACCUCAUAUUAUUCUCCGAAUUCCUCGGCCACCGGGCUUCCUUCCGACCGCUGCUCCUCGAACCACCGAUCCCCACUUUCUUCCUGCCGUCCCCUGUCAAAAAGAUCCGAUCUUGCCCAGGAGAUAGAGAGAAUCGCGAGAACGCAGCGCUGGGGAGGCCAGAAAGAGGCCGGCAAUUCAGCUUCUUCUUACGUUUGGUGUCCCCUUGGAGCGGACACCAGAGAAGGAGAGAUGAACUGCUUCUCUUGCGUGAGUUAUCAUCACCGCGAUGCUCCGAAGCGGGCCGCCGAGGGCAGUGUCGGUUCCUCGUCGUUGCCUCAGCUCGAUGAUUCCGAAGAAUUGGAGAAGAUAGCAUGUUCUCCGGAUGGGGAGAAGAGCUUAGCUCGGAGUUUUACCUUCCGGGAGCUGGCGGCCGCCACUCGAAACUUCAAGCCGAAGAACUUGAUAGGAGAAGGUGGCUUCGGAAGGGUAUUCAAGGGGCACUUGGAAUCUGGUCAGGUUGUGGCAGUCAAGCAGCUCAAUAGGAACGGGAUGCAGGGCAGCCAAGAAUUCCUUGUUGAGUGCCUGAUGCUGACAAUGCUGCACCACAUAAACCUCGUCAGCUUGAUUGGAUACUGUGCUGAAGGAGACGAGAGGCUCUUGGUAUACGAGUACAUGCCGCAGGGUAGCUUGGAACAUCACCUAUUUGAUUUGCCUCCUCCUAAAGAGCCACUUGACUGGAAUACCCGGAUAAAAAUUGCUGUUGGUGCCGCAAAAGGGCUCACAUAUUUGCAUGAUGUGGUUAACCCACCUGUCAUUUACCGUGACCUAAAAUCUUCCAACAUACUCUUAGACAAUGAGUUCAACCCUAAGCUCUCCGACUUUGGUCUAGCAAAACUUGGACCUGUUGGUGACGACACUCAUGUUUCGACGAGGGUGAUGGGGACAUAUGGCUACUGUGCUCCAGACUAUGCCAUGAGUGGUAAAUUGACAGUGAAGUCUGAUGUUUAUAGCUUUGGUGUCGUUCUACUGGAGCUGAUUACUGGACGAAAGGCAUUCGACUUUACCAAGAGAUUGGGGGAGCAGAAUUUAAUCGUAUGGUCACGCCCUUUUAUCAAGGACAGGAGGAAGUUCUCUCAGCUGGCUGACCCAUUGCUGCAAGGGCGCUACCCGAUCCGUCCCUUCCACCAGCUGGCUAUGAUCACUGCCAUGUGUCUUCAUGAUCAUCCCCACAUCCGACCCACCAUGCGUGAGGUGUCGCUCGCGCUUGACCAUGUGGCGACGCAGUUGUAUGUCUCAGAGACCAGCCAGAGGAUCCAUGACAGUGCAAAACGACUGGCCGAAGGGGAGGACGCCGGAGGUCUUGCUGUGCAAGAGAAUGUCAAGAAGGCAAGAUGAGCUCAGGGUUAUACGCAUAUGUACAUAACAAAUUUUCAAUUUGCUGGAUGUGGGUGCAAAUCUGAGGACCAGACUGGAACUUGCAUCUACAAUAUAUGCAUCGAAAGAAGGCAAACGCUUGUAUAUUUCUAUGAACAGAUUGAUUUUGUUUAUAUGUACUUGUACGUUGGAUGGUUGUAAUUGUAUGUACAUGUGCUGAUGUUUUUUUUUCA